AAGAAGCGAAAUAGAUUUUUUUUUUCCCUACAGAACACACAAAAAGACGAAACUAACCUCUUAAGAAUUGUUGAAUCACAGAAAACUCGCCACCAAACAAAACAAAAAAAAAUAUCCCAAUUCUUUCUUCUUCUCUCCCCUGCAACUUGCACUUUCCUCUUCUUCUUCAUCUGCUUUGUUUGUUAUCUUUUCUCCAAGAAAACCAAAAGCAAAAGACAAAGAGAGAUUAUUACGAGAAGCUUACAUACAACAAAUCUUACAAGAGAGUUUUUGAUUUUGAUUAUUAGUUUUAGAGUGAUGGGGAAGAAGUGUGAUUUAUGUAGCGGUGUAGCAAAAAUGUAUUGCGAGUCAGAUGAAGCUAGUUUAUGUUGGGACUGCGACGGUAAAGUUCACGGCGCUAAUUUCUUGGUAGCUAAGCACACUCGCUGUCUUCUCUGCACCGCUUGUCAGUCUCUCACCUCAUGGAAAGCUUCAGGGCUUCGUCUCGGUCCUACCUUCUCCGUCUGCGACUCUUGCCUCGCUCUUAAAAACGCUGCCGCCGGAGGCAGGAACAGGAUCUCUCCGGAGAAUCGAGAUCAGAAUGAGGAGGUUAAUAGUUUCGACUCCGAAGAGGAUCAGAUCAGAGACGAUGACGCUGAAUCUUACGAUGAUGAGGAUGAAGAGUACAGUGAUGAUGAUGAGGAUGAAGGUGAUGUUGACGAUGAUGAUGAAGAAGCUGAGAAUCAAGUUGUUCCGUGGUCUGCGGCGGCGGCGGCGGCGGCACAACCACCUCCGGUGAUGUGUUCUUCAUCAUCUUCUGAUGGAGGUUUGGUGACGAAGAGGAUAAGGACGAUGGAGAAUUCAGAUCUUCUCUGCUCCGAUGAUGAGAUCGGAAGCUCUUCAGCAGUACAAGAAUCACGGCCGUUGAAGCGACCGGUGGUUAAUUCUAUCGUGAGAAUGAACAGCGCUGAUACAUCUGCUUCAUCGUCUUCUUCUUCUUUGAUCUUUGCUAUCGGUAAAAGUAAAUCCAGGAGAGAUCUCAGCCGUUGAUUCCUUUCUUUUUUUUUCCCUUUGAAGUAAAUCACAACCGUUCGUUUCCUGACUAUACUUUUGUUUUAGUGUUGAGAGAUUAGUUCUUUUCUUUUGAUCCUAUGCGUCUUACAAACUCAAAUUUUUUAAGCUUUUGUAUUUGACCUUUCUAUUGCAUGUUGAUAUUUUUUUUACAAGUAAUUCGUAUAUAUUACAGUUUCAUAUUUUGAUUA